GGCAAUUUUAGGCUGUUCCCACAGCGGGCCGUCUUCCUGCUUUCGUCUGCUCGGGGCUUUCCACACUCAGCUGUUAUCGGUCUCAAGAGCUCUCAUCAUGUCUUUCCUCAGAGUUUUGGGCACGUCAGUCGUCGCUGAUAGCGGAAGCGAAGUCGUGCUAAGGGGCGCAGGGUUGGGUGGAUGGAUGUGUAUGGAGAACUUCAUCUCUGGGUUUCCUGGAUCCGAGUUUCAGGUUCGCGAAGCCCUUGCAGAGGUACUUGGGGUUCAGAAAGCCGAGUUAUUCUUUGAGAAAUAUCUUGAGAAUUUCUUUACGGCGAGCGAUGCUAGUUUCUUUCGAUCACUUUCUCUGAACUGCAUUCGGAUUGCCAUCAACUACCGACAUUUCGAAUCUCCCAUGAACCCACGACACCUUCGGCCUAAUGCUUUCACUCAUUUGGAUCGCGUAAUCAGGCUUUGCGCCGCGGAAGGGAUAUAUACCAUCAUCGACCUGCACACUGCGCCUGGUGGGCAAAACGGGGGAUGGCACGCAGAUCAUGGCACCCAUCUGGCCAACUUCUGGCGGCACAAGGACUUCAUGGACAGCGCGGUUUGGCUUUGGGAGCGUCUUGCAGAACGGUACAAGGACGAGCCGUGGAUUGCAGGUUUCAAUGUUUUAAACGAGCCGGCAGACCCCAGCGCGAAGCAGCUGAUCCUUUUCUACGAUCGCGUCGUGCGCGCCAUUCGCGCCAUUGAUACGCGGCAUAUCUUGUUCUUGGAUGGAAACACUUAUGCUGCAGAUUUUUCCGCGUUUCCGGCCAACGUGAAGGAAAGAUGGGGCGAGAAUGUCGCAUACUCGAUACACGACUAUUCAGUGUUCGGCUUUCCGAAGGGAGGAAUAUACGAGAGAACAGAAGAACAGAAGGAGAAAAUAAAGAGAGGAUACAUACGGAAGCGGGCGUGGAUGGAUAAGCGAGGGUUAUGUGUUUGGAACGGCGAAUGGGGGCCUGUGUACGCAAGGAAGGAGUACGAAGGCGAGAACACAGAUACGAUCAAUGAACGGAGAUAUAUGGUCCUUCAGGAUCAGCUGAAUCUUUACCAGGAGGACCGACUGAGCUGGUCCAUCUGGCUUUACAAAGACAUCGGCUUCCAAGGCAUGGUCUAUGUUUCUCCAAAGACACUAUACAUGCAGCGCUUGAAACCCUUCUUGGAGAAGAAGUAUCGUCUUGCUGUUGACUCCUGGGGAGCGGAUGAUGCUGGCGUGCAGCAUGUGUUUAGGCCCAUAGUCGACUUUAUCAAGGAAGCAGUACCCCGUGAAGAAGAUUGUCGUCUGUACCCUUGGCCGAAUUGGAGCGUCGAGGAGCGAGUCAGCAGGCUAGCCAGGGCAACUCUGAUAGGAGAAUUUCUAGUCAAGGAAUGGGCGGAAUAUUUUCGUGGGAUGGACGAGACUCAGCUGGAGGAGAUGGCGAAGAGCUUUCAUCUCGAUAAUUGUACAAAGAGAGAGGGAUUGAACAGAGUAUUGCGGGAGCAUGCUCAGCAGGAUUCAUAGUGAGCUCUUGUCUCGAAAAAGGGGGAGACCAUAGAAAACUUCAAAAGUGUAUAUGCCCAAAUGGACAGGCGAGAGUGAAAGGUUUCAUAGUCGGAUAAAACAAAUGAACGAUCUUGCUGUCUGGGUUACUAGUCAAAUCAAGGCAUCCAACAGCCCCUCGUUAUGUAGACAGGUGAUAAACUCGCGUAUGAAAGGCUCAUAGUCGUGAGUUCUCUUGAUUGCGUCGGUAUUCGCUGCCUUCGCGCUUCUAAAUUCGUCCUCUACUGCCAUCUUCGCUGAUAAAAGCUUUGUCUGGCAUUCGGCCCAACUACUCUUCAAGUCCUGAGGGGUCAUGUCGAGUAUGGCCCUACCCUGCUCAAGAUUUCGCAAACCGAAGUCCGGCGAAAACGUAGGGCCACGCUCCCCGCCCGCAGCGUCCGAAUCCGCCCCAAACUCUUCCCUCCAGCUGGUGGAAAAUUGCUCGUCCAAGCGUUUCUCCAAGCAAGACUUUUUGCGAAACAAAAGCUCGUAUUCAUCGCUGGCAACCUGGUAUCUAUCAUCAACCAGCGCGAGAAGAUUGAAGCGGAUGUUCGCUUCGCCACCUGCGUCAACCCCGUACUUCUCCAUCUUCAUUCGC